UAAGCAGAUUCGAUGACAUAUGUACAUGGGAAGAAAAACAACAAAAACCUCGUACAGCACUGGGCUGGGCCAAGCAGGCGGCAAGAAGACGGGCGAGGUGUUCUCCAAUCCCUGGAGCGGCACGGCAAUGGUCAACAACGACACACAUGUGCAGCUAAAGAAUGGACGCAAGAUCUGCUGGAACUUCAGGAAAGGACGAUGUCGUUUUGGAACAAGCUGCCAAUACGCCCAUGACUCUGAUUUGGCGAUGACGGAAGAGACUCCUCCCAAAAAUAGUUUUGAGCCAGUCUUAGCAGUCCAGGUGGUGAAAGAUACUGGAAAUACCAACACGCGCAAAAAUCCCUGCCUGGGUAAUGGCUUGGAGCCAGGCAAAUGA